AUUUGGCGUUAGCCAAUAGAAAACGAUGCCCACUAGACGAAUGGUACAGAACUGAGCAUCGAGAAUUUGCGAAUCGUCGUUGCUCCAGCCAUUGCAGUGCCAGCCAUAUAUUGAGAUAAGCCGAAUCUUCGAUGCCGAAAAUGCCGAAAGACCCGAAUAAGCCGAGGGGCAAGAUGUCCUCGUAUGCUUACUUCGUCCAGACCUGCCGGGAGGAGCACAAGAAGAAGCACCCGGGCACCGGCGUCAACUUCGCCGAGUUCUCCAAGAAGUGCUCCGAGAGAUGGAAGCCCAUGUCCGCCAAAGAAAAGGGAAAGUUUGAAGACAUGGCGAAGCAGGACAAAGUUCGUUAUGACAGGGAGAUGAAGAACUACAUCCCACCGAGAGGAGAGAAGAAGAAGAAGAGAAUAAAGGACCCCAAUGCGCCCAAGAGACCCCCGUCCGCGUUCUUUGUUUUCUGCGGGGAGUACCGCCCGAGAGUGAAAGCGGAACAUCCUUCCCUGUCCAUCGGAGAGAUCGCCAAAAAACUGGGCGAGAAGUGGAACGGCACGGCUUCCGAGGACAAGGUGCCGUACGAGAAGACCGCCGCCAAGCUGAAGGAGAAAUACAACAAGGAUAUGGAGGCUUACCGCACCGGUGGCAAGGGCAGACCCUCUGGAGGCAAAGCCAGCUUUGCCACGGCGAUGAAGGCCAAGAAGCAAGUUGAUGAUGACGACGACGACGAUGAUGACGACGACGACGACGAUGAGGAGGAUGAAGACGAUGAUGAUGAUGACGAAUAAGUCUCAAGGGCCCUAGAUUGUUUAAAACAAACGAAAAAAAAGUUAACCCCCCCCCUGUACACAUUUCACAUCUGCAAACAAGUUGUUAGGUUGCGUAAUAAAUGAUUUUAAGCUGUACAGUUUUUAGCCCCUCCCUGUUUCCCCAACUUUUUGUAAAGUUAGCUAUGAGCUGGGUCCAGCCCUGUCAACUUAUUUUUUUCAGUGGUAGUUAUUUAGCCCACUUGCCUGGUAGAGUUUAGGGGGCUUCUGAAAUGACUUGGGGCUAAUGGGCUCCCUGUUGGUGUAGGGUAACCAUGAUGCAGUAUUUAAAAUUUAUGUGGAGUUGUAGUUCCCAUAUGCAUUUUUUUUUUUUUUUCAUUUUGCCAUAUCCUAGUCCUUUUACUGUAUUAUGAAUACCACUGAAAUUGCAAGGAUAAAAUGCAAUUGUUUUCGUUGUCAUUCUGAUUCUGAAAUUAAUAAAUCAUUUUUUAAAAUAAAACAUUUAUUUCA